UCCAGGAAAUACAUCGGUAUGAGGAUGGCCCCCGCUCCACGUCUUUCAUGGACGAUUGUGCUUGUCUUUGCACUGGGUCAUGUUGGCUUUGCAACUGCUGAACAAUGUAAGCAGUACACCAACAUCUCUGACCCGUGGAGGAACCGUGGCUUCUUGUCGACUUCCUCUCAACUCCAGCUGAAGGACGACUCGGACCUGCAGGAAGGCUGGUACCGCUUCGUUGGUGUAGGGGGUGACAUCCUGGAUUGCGCCUGCAUUCCAAUCCCAUCUUUGGCAGAGCAGCGUCUGGGAUCCUGUGGCCCCCACCAACCUGACAGAUGCCCUCGAUCCUGCCUUUUUACGUACAGUCCUACGAUUGUUAAGACAGAUCUGUGUGCAGGAUUGGACAAGACAAUUAGUGUGGCUAUCAUAAACUGUUGUUCAUACUUUGUGCAUCAGCUCAAAUCCACCAACAGCAGUCAGAUAUAUGGCACACGCCAUCAGAGAUGUACUGAGUCCUCUUGUGGCGAGUUUGCCCAAUGUGGUACAUUGGGGGCCUGUGUGUGCAAGACUGGAUAUGAGAUGCCCAAAGGACUUCUACCGACAGGAGACACAUACGGAUGCACAGACCCCUGUAAGCAGUACACCAACAUCUCUGACCCGUGGAGGAACCGUGGCUUCUUGUCGACUUCCUCUCAACUCCAGCUGAAGGACGACUCGGACCUGCAGGAAGGCUGGUACCGCUUCGUUGGUGUAGGGGGUGACAUCUUGGAUUUCGCCAGCAUUCCAAUCCCAUCUUUGGCAGGGCAGCGUCUGGGAUACUGUUCCCUCAGAUCAUACAGCCCUACGGUCACAAACAUAAACCUGUGUGCAGGAGCGAUCAGUAAUGGAAGUGUGGAUGUUAAAGUCUGUUCAUCUAGAUACUACGUGCACAAGCUCAGACCCACCGCCAGAAAUCAGAUUUAUGCCACAAGCCAUCAGAGAUGUACGGAGUCCUCUUGUGGCGAGUUUGCCCAAUGUGGUACAUUGGGAGCCUGUGUGUGCAAGACUGGAUAUGAGAUGCCCAAAGGACAUCUACCGACAGGAGACACAUACAGAUGCACAGACCCCUGUAAGCAGUACACCAACAUCUCUGACCCGUGGAGGAACCGUGGCUUCUUGUCGACUUCCUCUCAACUCCAGCUGAAGGACGACUCGGACCUGCAGGAAGGCUGGUACCGCUUUGUUGGUGUAGGGGGUGACAUCCUGGAUUUCGCCAGCAUUCCAAUCCCAUCUUUGGCAGAGGAGCGUCUGGGAUACUGUUCCCUCAGAUCAUACAGCCCUACGGUCACAAACGUAAAUCUGUGUGCAGGAGCGAUCAGUAAUGGAAGUGUGGAUGUUACAGUCUGUUCAUCUAGAUACUACGUGCACAAGCUCAGACCCACCGCCAGAAAUCAGAUUUAUGCCACAAGCCAUCAGAGAUGUACUGAGUCCUCUUGUGGCGAGUUUGCCCAAUGUGGUACAUUGGGGGCCUGUGUGUGCAAGACUGAGUAUAAGAUGCCCAAAGGACUUCUACCGACAGGAGACACAUACAGAUGCACAGACCCCUGUAAGCAGUACACCAACAUCUCUGACCCGUGGAGGAACCGUGGCUUCUUGUCGACUUCCUCUCAACUCCAGCUGAAGGACGACUCGGACCUGCAGGAAGGCUGGUACCGCUUCGUUGGUGUAGGGGGUGACAUCCUGGAUUUCGCCAGCAUUCCAAUCCCAUCUUUGGCAGGGCAGCGUCUGGGAUACUGUUCCCUCAGAUCAUACAGCCCUACGGUCACAAACAUAAACCUGUGUGCAGGAGCGAUCAGUAAUGGAAGUGUGGAUGUUAAAGUCUGUUCAUCUAGAUACUACGUGCACAAGCUCAGACCCACCGCCAGAAAUCAGAUUUAUGCCACAAGCCAUCAGAGAUGUACUGAGUCCUCUUGUGGCGAGUUUGCCCAAUGUGGUACAUUGGGGGCCUGUGUGGGCAAGACUGGGUAUAAGAUGCCCAAAGGACUUCUACCGACAGGAGACACAUACGGAUGCACAGACCCCUGUAAGCAGUACACCAACAUCUCUGACCCGUGGAGGAACCGUGGCUUCUUGUUGACUUCCUCUCAACUCCAGCUGAAGGACGACUCGGACCUGCAGGAAGGCUGGUACCGCUUUGUUGGUGUAGGGGGUGACAUCCUGGAUUUCGCCAGCAUUCCAAUCCCAUCUUUGGCAGAGGAGCGUCUGGGAUACUGUUCCCUCAGAUCAUACAGCCCUACGGUCACAAACGUAAAUCUGUGUGCAGGAGCGAUCAGUAAUGGAAGUGUGGAUGUUAAAGUCUGUUCAUCUAGAUACUACGUGCACAAGCUCAGACCCACCGCCAGAAAUCAGAUUUAUGCCACAAGCCAUCAGAGAUGUACGGAGUCCUCUUGUGGCGAGUUUGCCCAAUGUGGUACAUUGGGAGCCUGUGUGUGCAAGACUGGAUAUGAGAUGCCCAAAGGACUUCUACCGACAGGAGACACAUACGGAUGCACAGACCCCUGUAAGCAGUACACCAACAUCUCUGACCCGUGGAGGAACCGUGGUUUCUUGUCGACUUCCUCUCAACUCCAGCUGAAGGACGACUCGGACCUGCAGGAAGGCUGGUACCGCUUUGUUGGUGUAGGGGGUGACAUCCUGGAUUUCGCCAGCAUUCCAAUCCCAUCUUUGGCAGAGGAGCGUCUGGGAUACUGUUCCCUCAGAUCAUACAGCCCUACGGUCACAAACGUAAAUCUGUGUGCAGGAGCGAUCAGUAAUGGAAGUGUGGAUGUUACAGUCUGUUCAUCUAGAUACUACGUGCACAAGCUCAGACCCACCGCCAGAAAUCAAAUUUAUGCCACAAGCCAUCAGAGAUGUACUGAGUCCUCUUGUGGCGAGUUUGCCCAAUGUGGUACAUUGGGAGCCUGUGUGUGCAAGACUGGAUGUGAGAUGCCCAAAGGAUUUCUACCGACAGGAGACGCAUACGGAUGCAGAGACACUGAUGAAUGUGCGCUGGCUGGUUCUUGUGGGGUUGGUGCAGACUGUGUGAAAUCGCCAGGGUCGUACCACUGUGAGUGUGUCAGUGGCUACCUCCCUCAUCUCUUUCCCAAUAACACCCUCACAUGCACAGAUCAACAAGUGCUGGAAGCAGAAUGUAAGGUCCAGCUUUCAGAGUGUAUCAUCAAUGAUAUGACUGGGAUGAUCAACAGCAUUAAGGAGCUAAACCUGCCACCAAGUGAUGUUGCACCUAUCUUGGUGAAACUGCUGGCGUCCCUGUACGACCUGUCCAGAGACAAAUCGGUGAAAACAGACACACUCAUCCGACACACCAACAGUGUGCUCAGGAGCUCUGAAAAAGUGAUGGACAUUUUGAUGCCUGCCAAUGCAAAGAUGAGGAGUCACAUCACUACAUCAUUAGCAGAUCUGCAACAAAUAACAAUCGGACCAGGCGCAAAUCCAAGGCCUGUUGCCAUCCAGAUAAAGGCCGAUGACACUCAGCUGGAUAUUGAUCUGUCUAAAAACAAGGCAGACAAGAUAUCUGCGUCACUCCAGGUCUUCACCAACAUGGAGGAAGUCCUCACGGCCGACUUCUUCCUCAGAACAGGAAGUGACAACAUCAGCACUGUCAUGUCCAAAGUGGUUUCUGUUACCCUGAGGCCGACCACACAGCUGUCGAGUCCAGUAAACCUCACUCUCAAGCAUACAAAUGUCGUGCAUCCUCAGGGUGUGCUCUCCUGUGUGUACUGGAAUGGCAGCGCCUGGGUGGUAUAUGGCUGUGAUGUCACCCAGACCAACGCCACCCACACCGUCUGCACCUGUCAGCACCUGUCCACCUUCACUCUGAUCAUGCAGGUGGAGAGGAACUGGCCAAAGAUGGCUGCCAUGAUCAUUGGCCUGAUCUUCCUGAUCCUGACCCUGGUGACCUUUGCCCUGUGCGUCCUGAACCCCAAAGUGACCAACCUGGCUCGCCUGAAUCUAUGCAUUAGCCUCUUCCAGGCUCACCUCCUAUCACUGCUCGUCCAAGAGCUCAUCCUUCACAUCCUCCCUCACAAGGUGUUGUGUAGAGUUCUCUCCGGCCUCCAGAUGUUCCUCUACUUGAGCGGUUUCCUGUGGAUGCACCUGGACACGCUGCUCCUCCUCCUGUCAAUCAUGAUGCUCAAAAAGCUCAAGAAGCCCCGGGGGGAGGGGCCAAACUGUGGCCACUUGUCUCUGAUUGGCUACGGGCUUCCGCUAGUGAUAGUGGGUGUGGUUGCUGGAUUGAUGCCAGAUGGAUAUGGCACUGAAUGGUGUGGCGUGCGGACAUAUGACAGCUUAUCCUGGAGUCUGCUGGGGCCAGCUUACUUCACCUUCACUGUUAACCUGAUUCUGUUGUUCACCAUCUUCAUCAGCAUCUGCCUGCUGUCUUCAAAUGAAUCCUCAUCCUCUGUUACGGAGGAGAUCAGAAAUGUCAGGUGCCAGGCCGUGCGUGUGUUGGUCCAGUCUAUGGUCAUCACGUCCCCAUGGGUCCUGGGCUUCUUCAACAUGGGCUAUGGCAGUGUUGUGGACCUCCUCUUCCUCAUCCUCACCUCACAGCAGGGAACCUUCAUCUUCCUCAUUCACUGUGUCUUCAAUCCCGAGGUGCAGUCAUGCUGGAAGAGAUUGUUUCAAAAAUUAGCAUCCACAUCACCCACACUAUUAAACAACAUGUAAAGAUUUUUUCAACAUGAAAAUAGAGUUAUUAUAGUUUUGAAAUUGUCAUUAGUUUGUAUUUUUAUUUAUUUCAGUCUGAAUUUUACUUCAGAUUAGUUUUUGUUAGUUUUACAAGUGCAAAAUAAUUACCGGUACUAAGUUUAGUUUCAGUUUUGCUUUUAGUUUUAGUUUUUCAGGUUUUAUGAGGAAUGUCUUGAUUUCAAGAAGCAGAAAAAGGUACAAUGUAGGAGUGAAAUCUGAUACCUUUCAUUAAUACAAGGUCAUUUUUAACAGUGUAAGAAUUCAAACAGAACACAAGAAAGUUGUACAACAACCACAGUGCAGGGGAAACUAAAACUAAGCUAUUUUUACCUUUUUUAAUUCUAUUUGGUUUUAUUUUGUAAAGUUAGCCUUACUUGUGAAGCCCUUUGGGUCAACUGUUUUUAAAUUUGCUAUGUAAGUGACUAGAAUUGACUAGUACCAACGUCCUUUUAGGCAAGUCCCUCCACUCAGCAGCCAAACGCUUUUUGGGCCACUCGUAGGGCAUCCUAUUCGGCAGAAAUGCGCGUGCGCAAGGCUUCACGACACCA